ACAAUGGUCUAUCCAGGAAGCGUGUCCUGUGUUUGGGGAAAUAUCGUAAACAAACCGUCUUUUAUGUCAACUUGAACGAGCUUUUUAUUUCUUCAUUUCAAGUCAUUGCGUCCGAGAAUCCUCAAUUCAACGACGUCUUUCGAACAGCCACGUUUGUCCUUUCCCGUCGUGUUCAACCACAGCGUUUCUCCCGCUGUGUGACCCGGACGAGGAACGCUCUUUUGGGCUGGACCGAUACACAUAUCAACGUUAUAUAUUUCCCUCUUUUUUUGUUGUUGUUGCAUUUUGCACGUCUCUGCACUUGAGAAGAAACCAUGUCUGAUUUCAUCCUGGUGUUCCUGUUGCUCGUGCUCCUGCUGUGUCUGAUCGUGACGGUGGUCGGCUUGCUGCUGUACUCGGGACUCCUGAGUGAUGUGAUCGUGAAGACCGGGCCGCCUCCUGUCAGAAAUAUCACCAUCGCUUACAAGUUCAGAGAGGGAUCGUACAAGGACAGCGGCGCCGCCUACACGGAGAGCUGCAGCAUCGGGCCGCAGCUGAGCACCGUCGGUGUCUUCUACGAUGACCCCAAACAGAGGCCAGCAGAGAAAUGCCGCUACGUCGUGGGGAGUGUCUUGUGUGAGGGCGACGAGAAGCCCGAUGAAGAACUGCAGAAGAUGUAUGAGAAGUUUGGCUUCAAGGUGUUUUCUCUGCCGGAAGUGAGCCACGCCGUGACCACCAGCUUCCCCUCCACCACCCCUCUGUCUCACGUGGUGGGGCCUUACAGGGUCUACCCCAGGCUCUACUCCUACAUUGAGGAGAGGAAGCUCUGUGCGUUCCCAACUAUCGAGAUCUGUGGUUCAGAUGUCAUCAACUACAUGGUUCCACUGUCUCGCCAGACAGACUUCUUUGUUCCGGAGAUGAAGGAGGAGGUUAAAACAGAUGUUAAAGAAGAGGACUCCGACGAGGACAGAGGCACUGACAUCACAGGUGCAGACUCCCACAGCGACGUGAGUUCAGUCAGCGGGGGCGUGCCCUGGGACAGCAGAGAGACGUCCCUGGCUGCUUCCACAGCCGCCUCCCUGGCAUCUUCCCUGCCUCUGAGGGACGUAAUGGACGCCAAUGAAGACAUUAAGCACAGGGACAGCAGCGAGAGAGGCUCGAACGGGUCCAUAGGCAGCGGCUCGUCCUUUGAAGAGCUUGACAUGGAUCAGGAGGAGCAGGAGCCGGGAGAAGAGAGGGGGGAGGAGGAGGAGGGAGAUGGAGACGAGGCGGAGGUGCCCGAGGGGGAAGACGCAGCUCGAGAAGCUGUUGAACUGGUGGCUGAGAAGAAGGAGCCCGUGGGGGGUGGAGAGGAGUAGGGUGGAAGAGAUAAGAGAUGAGUCCGUGUAACACUGGCAUGCAAGAGAGUAUCUCAGGUGUCGCUGGUUAUCUGUCAUGUAAUCUCGUUGGUUGAUCUAAAGCUGUUCAUGCCGUGACCCCACACCGUAUUUCUGCGCCUUUUAGUUCUCUUUUUGAAGCCUGCAUGUUUUGUUUAUCGUCUAAUCUCAUUUCUCAUUUUUUUUAAAUAAUUCCCGAUCCUAUAUUUAAACUCUGUCAGGAUAGGAAAACAAACCCAUUUGGUCAAGUAUUCUUGAGUACACCUAGUUUUCUCUUCACAUGGUUUGCAGCAAAGGAGAGGCAAGCUUUGUUCAACUCCAUAUUUAAUUUCAAAUUGUAAUCCUGCGUAAACUCCCGCUCUCUUAAUUUAGGCGUUAUACUUCAGUUCAAGAAAUACUUCAAUAGAUGGUCAGUGACGCCAGAUAGAUACCCCACUUUCAAGGUCAUCUUUGAGGAUUUCUACCUAACGUUUUGGUGUAUUUAUAUACAGUAAUGAUGGGUUGAAAAUGUGCAGCAGAAUGCCGAAGACAUAUCGCUGGACCCAUAUAAGUGUGUUAUUUUUUGCCAAUUGGGACAAUGUAUAUCACACAGGGGAAAACUCAGAGGGAGAAUAAACGUGCACCAACACCAGUAAAGUAACUUCACCUGGGUUUCCAAGGAGUAUAAUUUAAAAUGCAAUUGAAAGGUGUAAACUAUUCCCCCUGGAUAGUGUUGUGUAUAGGGUUUUAUUGUCUCGCUGUGCUCAGAUAAUGCUUUAGUUUUUUAAUGUAACGUUCUUUUCUAUAGUUGGUUUGUUGAACCACGCUACAGAUGUUUUUGUUGCCAAAAUUCGUUCUCUUCCAGAGGCUAGUGCUUUAUUUGUAGGUUGAACUUGUUGAUUGGUUGGAUUGAUGGUUGUGUCUUUCUGUCUGUAUUAAAAUUUUCAAUAAAAGUAAAGUUGACAGGA